CUCCAAGGUGUGGGAGCAGGCAUAUCCAGAUUUGUCUUUAUGAAAAUAUGAAUCAAAUUCUUAGAGAAAUUAUGUGGAUAUCGGUAUAGUUUUGACAAAUCAAAGCUAAAAACAGCGUUGAUCCAAUUUUCUUUCUAUUGAUUUACAAGGCUGUGAUGUCUAUUAAUUCCCUAGUCUUAAUCUAACAGUGAAAGCAUUUAUUUGCCCUCACAGACUAUCAAAGCUGUUUGUCGUGUUCCCAAUUCGGAACGAAGCGAUGCAACCCAAUUCGGACCCUGAAAUUAACUCCAUUCUUUGCGUCAACCAACAAUUACAUAAGUAUCCAGAGCUUCAUUUUGCAGCCUAGCUAAAAUGGAGUUCUCAAGUUUUCAUAUUAGCAUUCGGUUUAUUUUCAUGCAACCACUCUUUCUUCUCUUUCUUUUUAGCUCUGCCUCCUCCUCCCGUUUAGCGGGAAAUAAGGUGGAUAGGCUUUCCUUGCUUGCCUUCAAAGCAGAAAUCGUGACUGAGACCCUCGGCAUCUUUAGCUCUUGGAAUGAAUCCCUCCACUUCUGUCAUUGGCCAGGCAUUACUUGUGGCCGCAGACAUCGGAGGGUUACAGUGCUCGACCUCCAAUCAAGCGGGCUGGCAGGCCACCUAUCUCCCCACAUUGGAAACUUGAGCUUUCUGAGGAUUUUACACCUCCAAAACAAUAGCUUCAGCCACACCAUUCCUCCAGAAAUUGGUCGUUUGUUCCGCUUGGAAAGACUAGGCCUUUCUAACAACUCCUUCAGUGGUCAUAUCCCAUUCAACAUAUCACGUUGCUCUAACCUCCAAUACCUUGGCUUAUUUGGCAACAUUCUUAGUGGCGAACUUCCAACUGAAAUUGCCUCAUUGUUCAAGCUUCGGGUACUUGAUUUGGGCAAGAACAAUUUUUAUGGGAUAAUCCCACCUUCUUUUGGGAAUCUUUCUUCUCUUCAAGGGCUAUCUGCAGCUGGAAAUAAUCUCCAUGGAGGUAUUCCAAAUAGGCUUGGCCAGUUGAAAAGCUUAGUGAUUUUUUCACUGGCUACAAAUUAUUUGAAUGGUACCAUCCCUCCCUCCAUAUACAACCACUCGUCAAUUGAAGCCAUUUAUAUGUGUCAAAACAACCUUCAUGGAACUCUUCCUCCUGGCUUGGGCCACACUAUAUUUCCAAACCUCGAAACCUUUGUUUUCCAUACCAACCAAUUCACUGGACCAAUACCAGCUUCAAUCUCCAAUGCCUCAAACCUUUUAGUAUUUUCUAUCUCAUCCAAUAAGUUUAUUGGGAAAGUGCCUAGUCUGGCACGCCUGUCAAAUUUGUAUUGGUUUGAACUUGAACAAAACAAUCUUGGAAAUAAUGAGGAAGGUGACUUGGAUUUCAUCUCUUCUCUAGUUAAUUGCACCAAUUUAGAAGCUUUUUCUGUCGGCCUCAAUAAUUUUGGAGGAGUGCUGCCUGAAUCUAUCAGCAAUCUCUCAACAAAGCUCAGGGUAAUAGGUUUUCAAGAGAAUCAGAUACGCGGAAACAUUCCCAUCGGGGUUGGAAAUCAUAUCAACUUGGAGAGACUAGGCUUUUCUACAAAUUUAUUGGUUGGCACUAUACCGAGUUCAAUAGGUAAACUGAAUAAGCUUUAUGACCUAUUUCUAGAUUCGAAUGAAUUGUCAGGUAAUGUUCCAUCAUCUCUAGGAAAUCUAACUUCAUUAAGCAGAUUGAAUCUCCACUCAAACAAGUUACAAGGCAGCAUACCACAAAGUCUCGGAGACUGCAGGUUUAUGUUAUAUUUGGAUCUUUCCUACAACAAUCUUAGCGGUCCAAUUCCAAAACAAGUCAUCAAUUUAUUGGUUGACUUGGAUCUAUCUGGAAACCAACUUACUGAAUCCAUUCCCAUGGAAGUGGGUAACUUACAGCAUCUUGUUUUCUUGGAUGUUUCUCAAAACAAGUUUUCUGGUGAGAUUCCACAAAGCUUAGGGAGUUGCACAAGUUUGACGACUCUGUCUCUGAGAGAAAAUUUAUUGCAGGGGACAAUUCCUAAAUCCUUGAGCUCUUUGAGAGGAAUUGAAUAUUUUGACCUCUCUCUCAACAACUUGUCUGGCAUAAUUCCCAACUACUUGGGGAGUUUCCCCUUCUUGCAGAAUUUGAACCUUUCAUUUAACAAUUUUGAAGGUGCAGUACCAAUCCAAGGAGUUUUUAAGAAUGCAAGUGCGGUAUUUGUUGUGGGAAACACACGGCUUUGUGGAGGUAUACCUCACUUAAGAUUGCCUAAAUGCAUCUCCAAGCAAUCUAAGCGCUGGUUAUCUCCUAAGCUGAACUUAAUUAUCUCAGUUUCCUGUGGGAUUGUCGGCCUGGUCUUGGUGUUGUUACUUGCGCUUCUUUAUCGAUCAAGAAAGGCUAGAGCGCUCAAGUCAACUUCAGGAUCAUCAAUGGGGGUUUCACUCUUGAAACUAUCCUAUGGAGAUCUCCUCAAAGCAACUGAUGGGUUCUCUGCUUCGAAUUUGAUUGGUUCUGGAAGUUCCGGGUCCGUGUACAAGGGAGUUCUCAAUCAGUAUGAAGAAAGAAAUGUUGCGGUGAAAGUACUCAAUCUUCAAACUUCAAGAGCUUCUAAAAGUUUCAUAUCUGAAUGUGAAGCCUUGAAAAACAUUAGGCAUCGAAAUCUCGUCAAGCUACUGACUGCUUGUUCAAGCAUUGAUUUUCAAGGAAACGAUUUCAAAGCCCUGGUGUAUGAGUUCAUGGUGAAUGGAAGCCUAUAUGAGUGGCUGCACUACAUAUCAGCUCAAGGAGUAGAUAGGCCAGCCAAUCUGCCAAAGAAUCUGAAUCUCACUCAAAGAGUUAACAUUGCCAUCGAUGUAGCGUGUGCUCUGGAUUAUUUGCACAACCGCUCCCACAUGCCAAUAGUUCAUUGUGAUAUAAAGCCCAGCAACAUUUUGUUAGACAGUGAUAUGACUGCUUGUGUUGGUGAUUUCGGUUUAGCAAGGUACCUCUGGGAUGCUUCUUGCCCAUCUCCUUUGCAUGAAAGCAGUUCCAAUGUCAUAAAAGGCACCACAGGCUAUGCUCCCCCAGAGUAUGGAAUGGGAGGCAAGGUGUCAACAUAUGGCGACGUGUAUAGCUACGGAAUAUUGUUGUUGGAGAUGCUAACUGGUAAGAGGCCGACAGAUGACAUGUUUAAAGAUGGUAUGGACCUGCACAAUUUUGUUAUGAUGGCUCUACCAGAACGUGUGGGAGAAAUAUGUGAUCCAGUACUUGUACAAGUAGAAGAAAGCAGCAGCAGUACUAAUCCCAGAAGUAAUAGGGGGAAUCAUGCCACAAAUGAUCGAGGAAAAAGGGUUGUGGGGUGCUUGACUUCCAUUGCAAGUUUAGGAGUUGCUUGUUCUGUUGCGAUGCCGAGAGAGAGAAAAGACAUGAGCAAUGUGGUAGCUGAAUUGAGUCUAAUAAAGGAUGUGCUAACUGGAACUAGGAUGCCUAGAGAGAACCCGUGAUGACGACCCAAGUAGUGAGUAAUAAUACCCUGUUAUCAUUAAAUAAAAUCCCAUGACGGUGCUUGAAUUUUGCAUGGUGAUCUUCUGAAUGAUGACGAGGAGGACUGGAACAAGUGAAGUGGAUUUUCCCGUUGUGCAAUUUCAUUUUGUAUGUUUUGUGAAUGAUCUUAAUUUGUAAGAUCGUCUUUAUGUUUGCUUGGAAAUCUGGAAUUUGUCAAUUUUAGUUUGGUUCAUGUUCUUAUAAAUAAAUUAUGCAAUUUUAA